CCCCCACAUCGACGAUACCUCCUUUUUCUUUUCCUCUUGCACCUUUGCAAGUCAGCCGUACAGACGCGUUAUUUGCGAUUCUUGCUUUAUAAUGUCUGGUACUGUAACUGGGCCUGAAAAUCAGGAGAAUACCAGCGCUACAGGCUCUCCGUCGGAUUCAGCGUCAUCUCUACGUGCUGCUGCUCUGUUGACUCUCAAAUCCAAGCGUCGCAAAGCCGCUGGCGAACAGUCUGCUACCGCAGCUUUGCCUGCUCGACCUCCUCCCAUUACCGAUUCCUUCCAGCUCGAUUAUGGCCAAGAAGAUGUAGUGUCGUCCGCAGCUUCAGCCCCAACUCCUGGCUCAUCGAAACCUCAUCCGGUAGAUAUGGAAGAUGGCCAAAUUCGCGAAGAAGGCGAAAUAAGUGACUCAGAAGAACAGCUGGCUACAGCAGCGCCUCUAACUAAGCCGUCACCACUGCCUUUGAAGGCAGCUCAAUCCCAGCCCCCACAGCUGGAACCUGCCCAUGAAAUCAAACCAUCUUUGGCCUCCCCUUCAAGAAUGGCCAUUGCUAAACAGGAAUCACCGCCCAUCUUGUUGGAAAGCAUCACUGACAUUUCGUCCAGCCCUCUUGAGAUCGGGGACUCCCCCAACAUGGCGGUCGACGUUGACGAAUCGUAUAGCAACAAUGUAUAUCUUGCUGUCGGUCCAGAUCAUGUUAGGCCUGGUUUGCAGAUGAAUCAAAUUCAAUACGAUACCGCGAAGGACGUCAUACUGGAUCUUCUUGGCUGGGGCAUCCCCCCAACAUACCUUGUUGACUGUGGGCUCAGCCGGGAAAUAGUAUACUAUGUUUUCAAUGAGUUCAAUCUUCGGCUCCCCGACAACUUUGACACUGCUGGUCUGAUACCUUAUCUCCCACCACCAUUCUACCACUCAGAUGCUGCUCAAGAAGCGUCUUCUUCAAUGCCUCCUCCUCCCGUUCCAUCGGUCUUGCAUUAUCACAAUUUACCGCCUAGGCCGUUGAAGUUGUCCGAUGUACAGAGUCCCAGCCCAAGCUCAGCGUUACCUUCUUCCCUUGCCACUAGCUCUCCAUCUGUGUCGGAGCCAUCACCCUUGACAAGCUUACAUGAUAUGGAACGACAACGGCGGCAAGAAUUGCUUGCAAGGAAAGCUGUCCAAGCUUCUCGGAAGGCGAAACUGCCACCUCCGCCAUCUCCCAAUUCAUCUAUUGCUUCUUCAAGAUAUGUGUCCCCAGAACAUCCACCCCAGGACAUGGAUAUGGCUACGGAGACGGUGGAUGACUUUUUGAAGACACUUGAACCCACGGCGGAGGGAGAGGCAAUGGAUGUCGACGAGAUCCCAGGUCUUGGGCGAUCACAUCCGGUAUCCCAGUCUCCUUCGAUCUCUCAUCAACAAUCGUUCAUGGUUGGUCGAGUGGUGCUUCCUUUAUCUUCGCUUCCUUCGAUGAACGCCGAGCAAUCGUCGUCUUCCAAUAGCAGCACACCUACUCCGACACCUCUUCAGAAAAGUGCGUCUAUGAUCAGUCUCGAUGGCCAACCAGUCCGGAGACGACCCGUAGCUGCGGAUUUUGUUGACAUGGACGGCAGUUCUCGGAACGGGAAUGGCUUAGCCAACGGCCGUUCUCACCCACCGCACAAUCUCAGGCGGAAAAUGGGAACUGGAUUCGCUAAUGUCAGCAAGAUGCGCAGACUGGUCAUCGACUUGAGCGACAGCGAGGGUGAAGGGGAUGAGGAUUAUGUUAUGCACGAAGCCGGCGAAUAUUCCAGCUCGACUUCCUCUUAUCCGACUACGAUUUUCGGCACGAAGGCGAGCCGAGGCCCGCGUACUCAGUCACCCGCAACAUUGAUGGAGAAAGAGAUGGAGAUUGCAAGAAUGAGACAGUUGAUCGCCGACAAAGAGCAGAAUCGAGUAAAGAAACUGAUGCGAACGAGUUCUAUGCAAGAACCCGCAAACGGUGUCUCGGAGAAACCAGUUCCUGUUAAACAAGAAGAGGUAGAUCCCAAUCUUGACAUCCCCAUAAAUGGUUCCGCUGGGGAGCGAAUACCCACCACCAAUCUCCCUCGGAUUCAAGUCGCUGCGGCCACCGCGGCCAUCGCCUCCACAUCUGCGAUGCCUCUACAUGGUUCUCUACUCUCCUGGUUAUUCGCUCCUCGGACUAUGGCUGACUGUGCAUCGUUUCUGUUUGCUUUCCCCUUCUCCCUGUACCCUUGAGGCGAGUAUUUAAAUUUGUUUUUCUUCCCUCAUCUCUCCUACUAACCAUUUCUUACUGUCUCUUUUUCUGUUCAAUCUCUUUUUUGUAAUCGUGUCCGCAUUGGGUCUUCGCAGUUGUACAAGAACAACCG